AUCUACUAGAGAGCUAAGCUACUAUUCGAAACUAUAUAUUUUACUGCAGCUGUUCAACCAAGGAGGCACAUCCGAGCUCCUGAUAUUAUUGUACAAUAUCCAGCUUAACUGUCAACAGAAUUCAUCAUGUCCAAGCCUACCGAUCUGCCAAAGAUGGAGUACCGCUUCUUGGGAAGGUCUGGUCUCAAAGUUUCUGCCAUUUCUCUAGGCGGUUGGCUCACAUACGGUGGUCACGUCGAUGAGGAGGCCACAUUUGCCUGUAUGAAGGCUGCGUAUGAUUCCGGUGUCAACUUCUUCGACUGUGCCGAGGGUUAUGCCGGUGGUGAGAGUGAGAUUGUUAUGGGAAAGGCCAUCAAAAAGUAUGGCUGGAAACGCAACGACUUGGUCAUCUCAACCAAGAUAUACUGGGGAGCCGCAAAUGGUGACAACCCGGUGAACAAUGUCGCCUUAUCUCGCAAGCACAUCAUUGAGGGCACAGAGUCCUCGCUGGAGCGACUACAGCUCGCAUACGUAGAUCUGCUCUACGCACACAGGCCUGAUCGGCAGACUCCGAUGGAGGAGACCGUUCGCGCCUUCAACUAUCUGAUAAACUCGGGCAAGGCAAUGUACUGGGGCACUAGCGAGUGGAGUGCCGACGAGAUUAUGAACGCACAUCGUGUGGCCGACCGUCUUGGACUUAUUGCCCCAGUCAUGGAGCAGCCUUGCUACAACAUGAUUGAUCGCCUCAAGGUUGAGCAAGAAUAUGCUCACCUGUACCGUGAGGUACAACUGGGCCUUACAGUCUUUAGCCCCCUGAAGCAGGGUAUCCUUUCGGGCAAGUACAAGGACGGCAUCCCGGACGACUCCAGGUUUGCACAGCAGCAGGUUGAGUUCAUCAAGGGUUACUGGAAGCGAACCGGCAAGGAGCAGUGGGACGGCACGGUUCAGAAGGUUAACAAGCUGGCCCCAAUCGCCGAGCGCCUGGGCACAACACAAGCUGCACUGGCUCUCGCUUGGGUCUUGAAGAACCCCAAUGUCAGCUCGGCCAUUACUGGCGCAAGCAGCGCUGAGCAGGUGUUUAGCAACAUCAAGGCUCUGGAUGUUGUUGAGAAGCUUACUCCUGAGAUCAUCAAAGAGAUAGAUGAUAUCCUGGAGAACAAGCCUCCCGCUAUGACCAUGAGGUAUGCUUGAAGGCUUUUCCAUGGAUUUGGAAAUGAGGGUGGGGGUGAAACACAAGUUGUAUGUACAAGAUAGAUACAAGCACAGCAUAAAAAGGCC